AGCGUUUGCUGGAUAGCUUCUAGCGGAAGUGGAAGUGGUCGAGUUUCAUAUCAACAAUGGCGUCGCAGCAGAUGGUUAACAGUGCUCAGAUGGGCGUUCAGCAAGCGGCUGGUUUACAGCAACCUCAAUCUCAACAACAGCAGCAGCAGCAGCAGCUCAGUCAACAACAAGAUUUUGAUCCCGUUCACAGAUUCAAAAUGCUGAUUCCUCUGCUCAAAGAUAGUUUACAGAACGUAAUGGCCAUUGCUUCACUAAAUUUUGGACACAAUGCAGCUAUUGACAACGGCUUAAAAACAACAGAGAAGGGUAAUGAUGCAGCAGUUCAGCGAUUUGACAAAAGUUUAGAGGAGUUUUAUGCUCUCUGUGAUCAACUGGAGCUUUGCCUGCGGCUGGCCCACGAGUGCCUGUCGCAGAGCAUCGACAGCACAAAGCACUCUCCAAAUCUCGUACCUACAGCCACCAAGCCGGACACAGUGCAAACAGAGUCUCUGUUUUACUCUCAGUAUCUCAGUAUGAUAAAAUCACAGAUUUCAUGUGCUAAAGACAUUCAUAAUGCUCUCUUCGAAUGUUCAAAAAAGAUUGCUGGGAAGGUUCAAGGAGCUUGUAAUUAGUAGCUGCCAACUGUAUUUAGUUUGCUUUUUUUAUUUGUAUUUUACAUAGCUUUGAUGCUGAUUGAAGAAUGUAUUUUUUUUUUUGUAUUUUCAAUUCCUUUUGUUUGUUUACUAUUGUGACAAAUGUACUUGUACAAUUAAAUUGAUAUAUUCUUGAAAAUAAA